AAGCGAUGCAGUAGUGUAGGGUUUCGCAACUAACGGCUCAAAAAAAAGACAAUAGAGAGCGGUACGUACUUGAAUUGGUCUUCAUUCAGAGAGAGGAAAUUCAUAAAUAAACCUCGGAACUCAAAAAUAUGGAGGAUGAAGAAGAAACCCUAAUCGAUGAGAAUUUCCCAUUAUUUUCCCGGAAAAUCAAACCCCCUAAACAACCACCCGCCAAGAACCUGAACCCUAACCCCCUACAGCUCCUCGAAAGAGAAAGAGAAACAAAUGCCAACGCUAACCCUAAGCAUAAUCAUCUCUCUUUCGGCGACCUGGGCCUUGCCGAAUGGGCAGUAGAAACCUGCAAAGAACUGGGGAUGAAGAAACCCACCCCUGUCCAACACCACUGCAUUCCCCGAAUUCUCUCCGGCCAGGACGUCUUAGGUCUUGCCCAGACCGGCAGUGGCAAAACUGCCGCCUUUGCACUUCCCAUACUCCACCGCCUCGCCCAGGAUCCUUAUGGAGUCUUUGCACUGGUCGUCACGCCCACCCGCGAGCUCGCCUACCAGCUGGCCGACCAGUUUAGGGCUCUAGGUUCCUGCUUGAACUUGCGAUGCGCCGUCGUGGUUGGUGGGAUGGACAUGAUUAACCAGGCUCAGACCCUGAUGCAACGCCCUCAUGUCGUAAUUGCCACUCCCGGGAGGAUUAAGGUUCUUAUUCAGCAGAAUCCUGAUAUUUCUGCUGUCUUCUCUAAAACCAAGUUCCUAGUGCUGGAUGAAGCAGAUAGAGUUCUGGAUGUUGGCUUCGAAGAGGAAUUGAGAGUGGUGUUUCAGUGCUUGCCUAAAAAUCGGCAAACUUUGUUAUUUUCUGCAACGAUGACGAGCGACCUACAAACACUACUUGAGCUUUCUGCAAACAAGGCAUACUUCUAUGAGGCAUAUGAGGGCUUCAAGACAGUUGAAUCUCUCAAGCAGCAGUACAUUUUUGUCCCUAAAAAUGUGAAGGAUGUUUAUCUACUACACAUUUUGUCCAAAAUGGAAGACACGGGUGUUCGAUCCGCCAUGAUUUUUGUUUCAACAUGCAGGAGUUGUCACCAUCUAAGUUUAUUACUUGAAGAGCUUGAUUUGGAAGCUGCAGCAUUGCAUUCAUUCAAAUCCCAGUCUCUGAGGCUUGCUGCACUGCAUAGAUUCAAAUCUGGACGAGUUCCUGUAUUGCUUGCAACUGAUGUUGCCAGUCGUGGUUUGGAUAUUCCUACAGUUGAUCUUGUUAUCAAUUAUGACAUCCCAAGAUACCCGAGGGACUAUGUUCAUCGUGUUGGGCGUACUGCAAGAGCAGGCAGAGGAGGGCUGGCAGUGAGCCUUGUUACCCAGAAUGAUGUAGAUCUUAUCCAUGAAAUAGAAGCUGUUCUUGGAAAACAAUUGGACAAAUUUGAAUAUAAUGAGAAUGAGGUGCUUGCUGAUAUUACAAUGGUUUACAAGGCCAGACGUGUGGCAGCAAUGAAGAUGAUGGAUGAUGGGUUUGAGGAGAAAGCAAAAGCACGGAAAGAGCAGAAACUGAAGACAUUAGCAGAGAAAGGGCUACUGAAGAAGAGGAGUAAAAAGAGAAAAAGAGGAAGAGCUGCUGAAUAGUGGGGAGAUUGAAAAACUCUUACUCUACCACUGACUCUCUAGUGUGAGUGUGAGUGGAUGGGGGUGUGUAAGCUGCAAGCAGCUCUCAAGAAUUAUUCAAUGACAAGGUCAUAAUUUAUAGCCCUCUCUCUCCAGAAUGCCAAUUUUCUGCAUGCAUUGAGGCUGCUUCUUGUGUAAUUUUGCUCAGUUCCAAUUUUGUUUUUGUUUUUUUGGUUUUAACCUAACUGUUCUUUGGAGAAUAAUUAAAUGAAGAUACAUGAACCUUUUUUUUUU